UUAAACGUAACUUUCUUAUUUGACGUUUUUAAGGUUAUCUUUUUUGACCAAGACUUUUUUUAAGGUUAACAUUUUUGACCAAGACUUUUUUUAAGGUUAACUUUUUUGACUUAGGUAAACUGUGUUAAUUUUUUGUGAAGUGAUAUUGGUGAAAUUAUAAAGGAAAAGCUAAAAGUAUAUUUAAACCAACAUGGACGUAGAAAACGCUAACUGCAAGAUGAGAGUGUCCCAAUGCACAGACAUGGAAGUGCUGCCCAUCGAGAGACCUAUCAAAAUUGACCACGAAAUCACAGGCCUGGAAAAGCUGGUGGAAGAGAUACACGCCAUAUUCUCCCGGGACCACGUGAAUGUCCAGGAUGUGCAGAAGCUAAUGCUGGGAUACAAGAGCAGCCCGAAAGACUGGAAGAAAUAUGCCAAAUUUGACCGUUUUCGGUACACAAGAAACCUGGUGGACGCUGGUAACGGUGCCUUCAACAUCAUGAUCCUCUGCUGGGGGGCUGGACACGCGUCGCCUAUACACGACCACGCGGACUCGCACUGCUUCAUGAAGAUACUGUCCGGAAACCUUGAAGAAGUCAGAUACGAUUGGCCAGACCACGUGCAACCCGAAGUGCUAAAGAAGCUGAAAAACAAUAGCUGCUGCGACAAAAUGGCGGACCAAGAUGGCUGCCGGUGCGAACAAGAUGGUGGAUACAACGCGGGCGAUAUGAAAGAGAUAGGAAGAAAUAGGUUGGAGCUUAACGAUGUGUGCUAUAUUAAUGAUGCCCUAGGCCUUCACCGUGUAGAGAAUCCCUCGCACGCCGACGGCGCUGUCUCUCUUCACCUGUACUGUCCGCCCUUUGACAGCUGUCGCGUGUUCGAUUCCCGGACCGGGACACCUACUACCGUUACCACCACCUUCUGGUCUAUUAACGGGAAGAAAGUCAAACGGGUUAUGGAGGCCAAUGAAUGCGCAGACAGCCAGAACUGAGG